GAGCCGGGUGGAGAGGCUGAGAGUAGGGCGAAAUCGAACUUCAACCCUGCGAAAGUCUGAGGCGCUGCCAGCGCUAGAGUCCGGGAGCGGCCGUGACUCACCCCACACACGUGGCUUUCUCAGUCCUGAUGUCUUAGCCUCGGAUCCCCGGCCCGGGCCCCCUGCCCCGGCACGCAGCAGCUAUGAAGGGGUUACUGGAGCUGCAGAUAUUGGGCUGGCUCCUCCAUCUGGCCAGGUGCUCGGAGGUGGGCAGCUCGCAGGCAGUGUGCCCAGGAACCCUCAAUGGACUGAGUGUGACCGGUGAUGCAGAAAACCAGUACCAGACACUGUACAAACUCUAUGAUCGGUGUGAGGUUGUGAUGGGAAACCUGGAAAUUGUGCUUAUAGGGCAUAGCCCUGACCUGUCCUUCCUGCAGUGGAUCCGGGAGGUAACAGGAUAUGUCCUGAUUGCUAUGAAUGAAUUCUCGACUCUGCCACUCCCUAACCUUCGUGUGGUAAGGGGGGCCCAGGUCUAUGAUGGGAAGUUUGCCGUCUUUGUCAUGCUCAACUAUAACACCAACUCCAGCCAUGCCCUACGCCAGCUCCGGCUCAAUCAGCUCACAGAGAUCCUGGCUGGGGGUGUUUACAUUGAAAGGAACGACAGACUUUGUCACAUGGACACAAUUGACUGGAGAGACAUCGUGAGGGACCCACAGGCUGAGAUUGUGGUCAAGAACAAUGGAAAAAACUGUCCCCCUUGUCAUGAGUCCUGUGGGGGAAAAUGCUGGGGUCCUGGACCAGGAGACUGCCAAACACUGACAAAGACAAUCUGUGCCCCACAAUGCAAUGGUCACUGCUUUGGGCCCAAUCCCAACCAGUGUUGCCAUGAUGAGUGUGCAGGUGGAUGUGCAGGUCCCCGGGAGACAGACUGCUUUGCAUGCCGACACUUCAAUGACAGUGGAGCCUGUGUGUCUCUGUGCCCACUGCCCCUUGUUUACAACAAGCUCACCUUCCAACUAGAGCCCAAUCCUCACACUAAGUACCAGUAUGGAGGGGUCUGUGUAGCCAGCUGUCCCCAUAACUUUGUGAUAGAUCAUACCUCCUGUGUCAGGGCCUGUCCUGGGGACAAGAUGGAGGUAGAAAAGAAUGGGUUGAAGAUGUGUGAGCCCUGUGGUGGGCUGUGUCCAAAAGCCUGUGAGGGGACAGGCUCAGGUAGCCGAUUUCAGACUGUGGAUUCUAGCAACAUUGAUGGGUUUGUGAACUGUACCAAGAUCUUGGGAAACCUGGACUUCCUUAUCACUGGCCUCCAAGGAGAUCCCUGGCACAACAUACCUGCCCUGGAUCCUGAGAAGCUCAAUGUCUUCCAGACAGUUAGGGAGAUUACAGGUUACCUGAACAUCCAGUCUUGGCCUCCCCACAUGCACAACUUUAGUGUCUUCUCCAACUUGACAACCAUAGGUGGUAGAAGUCUCUACAAUCGAGGUUUCUCACUGUUGAUCAUGAAAAAUGUGAAUGUGACAUCGUUGGGGCUCAGGUCCCUGAAAGAAGUCAGUGCUGGGCGUAUUUAUAUCAGUGCCAACCGGCGCCUUUGCUACCACCACUCUCUGAACUGGACCAGGCUGCUUCGGGGACCAAAGGAAGGCAGGCUGGAUAUCAAGCAUAAUCGCCCCAAAAAGGACUGUGUGGCAGAGGGUCGAGUGUGUGACCCACUGUGCUCAUCUGGGGGUUGCUGGGGCCCUGGUCCUGGCCAGUGCUUAUCCUGUCGAAACUACAGUCGAAAGGGCGUCUGUGUGACCCAGUGCAACUUCCUUAAUGGAGAACCCCGAGAGUUUGCUCAUGAGGAUGAGUGCUUCUCCUGCCAUCCUGAGUGCCAGCCUGUGGAGGGCAAUGUCACCUGCUAUGGCUCGGGCUCAGAUGCUUGUGCUCAGUGUGCCCAUUUCCGGGAUGGACCACACUGUGUGAGCAGCUGCCCCCACGGCCUCGUGGGUGCCAAAGGACCCAUCUACAAGUACCCAGAUGCUCAUCGAGAGUGUCUACCUUGCCAUGAGAACUGCACUCAGGGGUGUAAUGGACCAGAGCUCCAUGACUGCUUGGGACAGCCACAGGCCAUAAGCAGUAAGACCCAUGUGGCUGUGGGUCUAGCGGUGGUAGCAGGGUUGAUAGUGAUCACCUUGGUCCUGCUACUCACCUUGCUCUACUUGCGAGGGCGGAAGAUCCAGAAUAAGAGAGCAAUGAGGCGCUACUUGGAGCGGGGUGAGAGCCUGGAGCCUCUGGACCCUGGUGAGAAGGCCAACAAGGUCUUGGCCCGAAUUUUCAAGGAGACAGAACUGAGGAAACUUAAAGUGCUUGGCUCAGGUGUCUUUGGAACUGUGCACAAGGGCAUAUGGAUCCCAGAGGGUGAGUCCAUCAAGAUCCCAGUCUGCAUUAAGGUCAUUGAAGACAGGAGUGGACGGCAGAGUUUCCAGGCUGUGACUGAUCACAUGUUAGCCAUUGGCAGCUUAGAUCAUACCCACAUCGUUCGGCUGUUGGGGCUAUGCCCGGGAUCAUCUCUGCAGCUUGUCACUCAAUAUUUGCCACUGGGAUCACUGCUUGACCACGUACGACAACAUCGAGGGGCUCUGGGACCACAGUUACUGCUCAACUGGGGUGUGCAGAUUGCCAAGGGUAUGUACUACCUGGAAGAACAUGGCAUGGUGCACAGAAAUCUGGCUGCCCGAAAUGUGCUGCUCAAGUCCCCAAGUCAGGUGCAGGUUGCUGACUUUGGGGUGGCUGACCUGCUACCACCUGAUGAUAAACAACUACUGCACAGUGAGGCUAAGACACCAAUCAAGUGGAUGGCCCUGGAGAGUAUCCAUUUUGGAAAAUACACACACCAGAGUGACGUCUGGAGUUAUGGUGUGACAAUAUGGGAACUGAUGACAUUUGGAGACAUACCCUAUAAAGGGCUUCGACUGGCUGAAGUGCCUGACCUGCUGGAGAAGGGAGAGCGUCUAGCACAGCCACAGAUUUGUACUAUCGAUGUCUACAUGGUCAUGGUUAAGUGCUGGAUGAUUGAUGAGAACAUACGACCGACAUUCAAAGAAUUGGCUAACGAAUUCACCCGAAUGGCACGGGAUCCACCACGAUAUUUGGUCAUCAAGAGGGAUAGUGGUUCUGGGCUGCCUCCUGGCGCAGAGCCGCCUGCUCUGACUGACAAGGAACUGGAGGAGGUAGAAGCGCUGGAGCCAGAGUUGGAGCUGGAGCUAGAGCUGGAGCUGGAGGAGGAAGAGCUGGCAAACACACUGGGCUCUGCCCUCAGCCUGCCCGUUGGUACACUGUCCAGGCCACGUGGGAGUCAGAACUUUCUGAGUCCUUCAUCUGGAUACAUGCCAAUGAACCAGAGCAGCCUUGGAGGGACCAGACAGGGGUCUGUGGUUCGUGGGAGCGGUGAGCAAUGCCCCUGCCCGACCUCUCUACUCCAGAACCCACGAGGCCGACUUGCCUCAGAAUCAUCAGAAGGCCGGGGGACAAGCUCCGAGGCUGAGCUGCAAGAGGCAGAAUCUUUGUGUGGAAGCCGGAGCCCUCGGCCUCGAGGGGACAGUGCGUAUCAUUCCCAACGCCACAGCCUGCUCACCCCGCUCACCCCGCUCACCCCACCAGGACUAGAGGAAGAGGAUGUCAAUGGUUAUGUUAUGCCUGACACACAUACCAAAGGUAUUCCCUCUUCCCGGGAUGGCACGCUGUCAUCAUCUGUGGGCCUCAGUUCCAUUCUGGGCACCGAAGAGGAUGAGUAUGAGGAUGAGGAGUAUGAAUACAUGAAUCGAAGAAGAAAGCAGAGUCUGCCAAGACCCCCAAGGCCAGGAUCUCUGGAAGAGUUGGGCUAUGAGUACAUGGAUGUGGGAUCGGACCUCAGUGCCUCCUUAGGCAGCACCCACAGCUGCCCACUCCAUCCUGUACCCAUCAUGCCUGCUACAGGAACUACUCCCGAUGAGGAUUAUGAAUAUAUGAAUCGUCGACAUGGUGGAGGAACUGCUGGGGGUGAUUAUGCAGCCAUGGGGGGUUGCCCAGCAGCUGAGCAAGGGUAUGAGGAAAUGGGAUCGUUUCAGGGCCCUGGGCAUCAUGCCUCCUGCAUCCAUGACGCCCACCUCAAGCCCCUUCGAAGCCUAGAGGCCACUCACUCUGCCUUUGACAACCCCGACUACUGGCAUAGCCGGCUUUUCUCCAAGGCCAAUGCUCAGGGGACAUAACCCUUCCUCCCUGCUGUACUCAGGAGGCUUUUUAUGGCAGCUGGCACCUCUAGAGGGCACCCCCUCUUUUUUUAUCCUCUCAGUACUAUCUUCCAGUGUUCCCCAUAUUCUCAGGCUCUCCUUCCAUCCCCUGGAGGUUGUCUCCCUUCAUUCCCACUUGGAGGGGGGGAGCUUUAAAAUAGUUUCUCCCCUCCCCCAAACAAUGUAUGUGGUAUUGUCAAUUCUGCACUUUCUUCUCUAGGUCCUCCUCCAAAAGAUCUGGUAAGGAUGGGAGGGUUUCCUCUAUACACUGUGCCGGACCCAGUUCCCUUAGGGGGAAUCCCUGGAGAUAUGAAGAAUUAAUCCCUGUGUCCUUAUUCCUCUGUCCAGAUUUUUCUGUUGGUAUUUCUGGACUUUUAAGCCUCUGUGUAAAGUGUGGCUACUUGGUAGAGAUGGGGACAAUUUAUUCCCCACCUACCCACACAAGGCUAGCAAAAGGCAAGAGCUGGACCAGCUACUUACUACCUCCCCUAUUCAACACAGCUUAAAGGACAGAGACAGGAAGGAGGGGGUAAAGAAAACUAUGAAGACAGGGCACUUGGAAGUGAUUUUUCUUUUUUAAGUUUACCAUAAGUUUGACCAAAGUACUCAUACAAACAUGAAGCUGGAGCAAUAGAGAAGACUUCCCAGGAGGGAAGAGCCUCCCUCCACUCACAUUUAUACUUAACCAUGCUUCAGUACAUGUGAAAAAGCUACCAUCAUAUAAUUCAGGGGCUUCCUACUACCCCAAAGCAAAUUCACCAGACUUCCUAGAAGCAAUUUUCCUGGGCCAUGCCCAAACCAGUGAUAGUGAGAGGCACCUCCAGUUGGUAUGAUAGGAGGGUCCAAACUCCCCAAUGCCCACCUCUUUUUGGGGGGAAUGGGAGUGGGGCGGAGAAUCUCAGGUGUGUCACUGAAGGAGCUGUAUUUUUUUUGUUUGUUUUUAUACAUGUUUGAAUAAAAAUGCCAAAGUUACCAUA